UCUUCUUCCUUCUUCUUGCGAGCCAAGACUCGACUUCUGCUCCCACGGUCCCACCUCUCUCCUCACCCCACCCCAUAUUCUCCUUCGUCUGAGCUCCUGAGCCCGACCCGAGCCAUUUCGAGCUCCAUCCACAGGCGGCGGGCGGAGCUCCAUUCGAAGACGGCGGCGCAGCUCAGUUCGAAGGCGGCGGCGGCGACGGGUUUGCGUAUCUUGGCCCCGGAAAUCGAUUCGAGGGGUGGUUAUUAGAGGGAUGGAAGCACCGGAAGAAGCUUCAGCCGGGAUUGAUCCCGGGGACAAGACUGAGACCUUGGUCUUGAAAUUUCUUCCAUGUAUUUCGAAGCUAGAUGAUGGUAGCGAGGCUGAGAUUACUGGGAAUUUGUUGAUUCAUUUGAAGAUUGAGGCAGAGGAAAUCACAGUUCAGAAAUUCAUAGAGGUUUUGGGUGAAAAGAUAGCUUGGGGUUCAGGGCAGGAGGUAGAACUGAGCUGCUAUGACGAAAAGGGGAACUAUGAGAGGAUCACUACAAACCCUCGGCUGGUUGGAGCGAUCGGAGAGGGCCGGACAGGUAAUGACUCUUCAGAGUUGGCCAUUUUUGCGGAGCUAAUUGAUGCGAGUGAAGACUCAGUUGUAGGCUUUGUUCCAUCCAAGGCUGCUGAGUCGAUAAAUGACGAAGCAUUUCUAUCAACGAGUGAUCCUGUAUUGAAUGUGGCUGAUUUGGGUCAGAACCAGAUGCCGACGCCAUCAGAUUUGAAUUUGCAGGGCGAAGGACCAUUUGUUGAUUGGAGCAAAGUUUAUCUACCGGAGGCAACAGAUUUUGCUCCAGAAGUUAUCGACGAGGUUGAAAUGUGCAAGCUGAUGGGUAUUCCAGUAGAUGAAGAUGUAGAAGAAUUGUCACCGGUGCCCCCAUCACAACCUGCACAGCCGGCACCACGAGCUUCAUACCAUGAUGAAGUCACAAGGCUAUUCAAGGAUGCAGCAAAUGAUGUAGAUGAUGAAAAUGAUGAGGAGAUUUGUUGUGUGUAUGACGAAGAGCACCCUGUUUUUGAAGUUGGCAGGAUGUGGCCUAACAUGAAGGAAUUAAAAAUGUCUUUCAAGACAUACGCUGUAAACAAAGGGUUUGUCUUUAGGACUGCAUGGACUGACAAAUACAGAUAUUGUGUGAAAUGCAAGGGGGUUGAUGGAAAAUGGAGCCAUGUCCAUGGUAUAUGUCUGCUAGAAGGCUACCCGGUGGGACUGCUGCUGUUAGGGUCAAUCGGAUGCCUUGCGAGCAUACAUGUAUGACAGCAGCAAGGAGAGUCACAAGAAUGACAUCUCAAGCAUGGGUUGAAGAAAAGGUCAUGAAGACGUUGAGUACAGCACCUAACACAACUGCUAAAAGACUGAAGAAUGAGUUGGAAAGGGAUUACAAGUGUACAUUGAGUUAUAGCACUGUUUGGAAGGGGAAGCAAAGAGCUUUGAAGGCAUUAUAUGGUGAUUGGGGCAAUACAUUUAGAAUGUUGUACAACUUCAAAGCAGAAAUGGAAUUGCGGUCACCUGGGAGUAUACUAGAGAUCGACACUGUUGUACAAAAUGGCAAGGUAUACUUCUCUAGGUUUUUUAUGGUUAUGAAGGCUUGUGUAGAUGGAUUUAGAGAAGGAUGCCGUCCAUAUCUGAGCGUGGAUGCCACUGCACUGAAUGGGAAGUGGAAUGGACAGUUGGUUUCAGCCGUUGCUUUAGAUGGACACAACUGGAUGUUUCCGGUGGCAGUAGGUUUGUUCCAGACAGAGACAGAGGCUGACUGGACUUGGUUCAUGUCUCAAUUGCGUAGGGCUAUAGGACCAAUGUAUCCCUUAGCAAUAUGCACAGAUGCUUGUAAAGGUCUGCAGAAUCCAAUCCGUAAGGUGUUUCUACAUGUAGAGCAGAGAGAGUGCUUCGGUCAUUUGUGGCUAAAUUUGAUCAAGAAAUUUGCAGGAGAUGUAUUUGGAAGGAUGUGGCCAGCAGCCAGAACUUACAAUAAACAAACUUACAAAUAUCAUAUGGACAAGAUGUUCGUAGAGUGCCCUGAUUUUGGUGUUUACCUCAGGACCUACCAUUCGCUGUUAUGGUACAGAAGUGGCUUUAAUAGUGAUAUUAAGGUUGAUCAUAUCAACAACCACUUGGCAGAAUGGUUUAACAACUGGAUAAGAGAUAUCAAAGACUUGCCUGUUCAUGAGCUCAUUCUAAUAAGUUAUGGACACUGAUAAGAAGAGUAGGCAUGUUGUCAAGAUUGACAUACAUGAGUGCACCUGUCUUCAGUGGCAAGCAACAGGGAAACCGUGUGAUCAUGCUAUAGUAGUACUGAUAGGGAAAGCCCCGUUGAUGAUGGGAGAAUAUCUGCAUCCAUAUUACUCGGUCGACCGAUUUAAGGCAGCAUAAGCAGGAGUUGUCGAGCCACUUACUGACCAAUCUCAAUGGCCUAAGGUGGACAUAGAAGUUGAUCUUUGUGCUCCCAUGUUAGCUAGAAAAGCUGGCAGGCCAAAACAGGUGCACUUCAAAAGUGUCUUAGAGCGAGGUGGUAAACAAGGUCCGAAGAGUCAAAUGAAAGGGGGGAAGUUAAAGGGAAAGACAGCAACCACAGAUGCAAGAGAUGUCAAGAACUGGGCCAUCGCGCUGGUUCUGUAUUUUGUGUUUUUACCCCCGAGAAACUGAAAAGGGUUCAUGGCAAGAAGAAGGCUUGAGGUACCACAAGCCAGUGGAGAACCACAAGGUCCACAGGCCACUGAAGAAACACAAGCCAUUGAAGAAACACAAGCAACUGAGUUGGAGCCUGAUGGUGAAGGGACCCCUCAACAAAGCCCUUUGCCUGUGCCAAAACUAAUGAAGCGCGGGAGGGCCAGUGCCAUUCCUUGCAGUCCAAAGAGGCCCAAGAAAGAUCCACAAGCCACUGAAGAACCACAAGCCAUUGAAGAAACACAAGCAACUGAGUUGGAGCCUGAUGGUGAAGCGACCCCUGAACCAAGCCCUUUGCCUGUGCCAAAACUAAUGAAGCGCGGGGGUGCCAGCGCCAUUCCUUGCAGUCCCAAGAGGCCCAAGAAAGAUCCUUAUGGAAAGGAUUUCAAAAGAUUUAAUGAUCACGUCAUUAGUGAGGAGAAAUCAGAGGCAUCUUGCAAUGUGUUGGUUGGUAAUGAUAUUGAUGCCAUCAUGCAAGAAGUUGUCAAGUGUGGGGCACCUGAAACAAGUGAUGAGUAUUAUAUUGCUACAAAGUUGUUUAGUAAACUUGAAAAUAGGUGUUUCUUUUAUGCUAUGAAGACAAGGGAGGGGAGGCUCCAAUGGUUGAAGAGGCAGUAUGCAGACAGGAAGAGGCAUUAGAAAUGACUUGUGUGUGUACUGAUGCUUGCCUUAAGACUCACUGCUUGUUUAAGAAUUGUGUCUGUACUGAACCAGUAACUUGUAUUAGGUGCUUGAUAAAUGUGUUGACCAUGUACUGAUUGUUAUAGUU